GUCUAGAAAGCACCAACCAACGGUCUAAGGGGCGGGCCGGAGGGGUGUGGGCCGGAGGGCCGCGGUGUGCCGCGGGCAAGUUGCGGGUUGUCAUAACGGUCCCCGUCGGAGUCGGGGGAGGCCGCUUCGCUCGGUCCUGGCCUCUGUAACGAUGAGAGCGCAGAGGACGCAGGGCCGCUGGAGGCGCAGGUAACGAAGCUAGGGUGCGGUGGGACCGCGGCUGGGCUUCUUCCGGGACCUGUGGUGCUGAAUGGAGACGACGGAGAUGUAGCCGAGCCGCGGCUCCUAGCGGCGGCGCUGAUGCUCGAGCUGUAGCUGCCAGGCGAGGAUGUGUGGAGCGCAGGCGGCGCGGGGUAGCUGAGAGGUCUCGGGCCCCAGGACCCCCGGGGCCCGGGAUGAGUUAGCGAGGGCAGCCGCGGGGGCCAGUUCCGACCGUGACAGGCCAAGGCGACGGCCGCCGCCCGCCCGCCCCUUCCGUGCAGAAGCAGCUACUCCUUUCCGCGCCCGGCCGCCCGCCCGCGCUCCCGGCCCUGGAGACCAUGAGGUUCCGCAUCUACAAACGGAAGGUGCUAAUCCUGACGCUUGUGGUGGCCGCCUGCGGCUUCGUCCUCUGGAGCAGCAAUGGGCGACAAAGGAAGAACGAGGCCCUUGCCCCGCCGUUGCUGGACGCCGAACCCGCGCGGGGUGCCGGCGGCCGUGGCGGGGACCACCCCUCUGUGGCUGUGGGCAUCCGCAGGGUCUCCAACGAGUCGGCGGCUCCCCUGGUCCCGGCGGCCCCCCAGCCCGAGGCGGACAACCUGACGCUGCGGUACCGGUCCCUGGUGUACCAGCUGAACUUUGAUCAGACGCUGAGGAAUGCAGAUAAGGCUGGCACCUGGGCCCCCCGGGAGCUGGUGCUGGUGGUCCAGGUGCAUAACCGGCCCGAAUACCUCAGACUGCUGCUGGACUCACUUCGAAAAGCCCAAGGAAUUGACAACGUCCUCGUCAUCUUUAGCCAUGACUUCUGGUCGACUGAGAUCAAUCAGCUGAUCGCCGGGGUGAAUUUCUGUCCGGUUCUGCAGGUGUUCUUUCCUUUCAGCAUUCAGUUGUACCCUAACGAGUUUCCAGGCAGUGACCCUAGAGAUUGUCCCAGAGACCUGCCGAAGAAUGCCGCUUUGAAAUUGGGGUGCAUCAAUGCUGAGUAUCCCGACUCCUUCGGCCAUUAUAGAGAGGCCAAAUUCUCCCAGACCAAACAUCACUGGUGGUGGAAGCUGCAUUUUGUGUGGGAAAGAGUAAAAAUUCUUCGAGAUUAUGCUGGCCUUAUACUUUUCCUAGAAGAGGAUCACUACUUAGCCCCAGACUUUUACCAUGUCUUCAAAAAAAUGUGGAAACUGAAGCAGCAAGAGUGCCCUGAAUGUGAUGUUCUCUCCCUGGGGACCUAUACUGCCAGUCGCAGUUUCUAUGGCAUGGCUGACAAGGUAGAUGUGAAAACUUGGAAAUCCACAGAGCACAAUAUGGGUCUAGCCUUGACCCGGAAUGCCUAUCAGAAGCUGAUCGAGUGCACAGACACUUUCUGUACUUAUGAUGAUUAUAACUGGGACUGGACUCUUCAAUUUGUAUCUUGUCUUCCAAAAUUCUGGAAAGUGCUGGUUCCUCAAGUUCCUAGGAUUUUUCAUGCUGGAGACUGUGGUAUGCAUCACAAGAAAACCUGUAGACCAUCCACUCAGAGUGCCCAAAUUGAGUCACUCUUAAAUAAUAACAAACAAUACAUGUUUCCAGAAACUCUAACUAUCAGUGAGAAGUUUACUAUGGUAGCCAUUUCCCCACCUAGAAAAAAUGGAGGGUGGGGAGAUAUUAGGGACCAUGAACUCUGUAAAAGUUACAGAAGACUGCAGUGAAAAUCACAAUUACAAAAGCAAAAGUGACAGUCUUCUAUUUUUGAUAUUUGUCCAAACAGGACAUACAAUUGAAUAAAAGAGUUUAGGAACUGGUUUCUGCUUUAAUACAAAAACAAAAUCUUGUAAAAGGUGUCCAAAUACAUAGUAAUCUUUUCCAGUUAUAUCUGAUUAAGAUUUAAAACUGAAGGUUUCAUUUUAGGAGUAGGGUUUUAAAGCUCAAUCUGUAUCUGCUAAAACUGAUUAUUGUUGAUUGAGAGAAGAGGGGAAAUUUUAUUUAAAUUGCAUCUAUUAAUCUUUUUAUCUGAAACUUUGUACACUUUUCCACUUUCAAAACCUAUUUUAAGUGCAGCAAAAUUUAUUUAAAACUGUCAUAGCAGUAAAAAGUAUUACGAUGAAAUUGUUAGGGUAUUAAUGGAACAAACCCAGUUUCACUCUCUUGACACACUUAUUAGGAAGGGAUUGCUUCACGGGUUUAAUAAUUAAAAAGUUAUGUUUGUUAAACACCCUGUCAGAACAGUCAUUUUCAGUAUUAGAUUCCUGUACUAUUGUGUUUUGAGUGUGUUUUGGAACCUUCAUAGAACACACUUUCUUUUGGAAUGUAUUUGAUUAAUAAGAAAGUUUAAACAUCGUUUUCACCUCAAUGUAGAAAUACAGUGGUUUUGUUUUUUUUUUUCUUUUAGUGCUGACGAAAUAAAAUACUCAUUUUUGCAUAAAAAGAUUCCUAAUCCUUUUGCAGAAUAAGUUUUGUUUACUCGUUAUACCAAAAUUCAGUGAAGGCAUUCUACAAGUUUUGAGUUAGCAUUACAUUUUAAUAUUUACUAUUGCUACAUUGUAUAAUUGAGUUUGAAAUAAAACCCAGUUUAUGACAAUGCA